GAAGUCAUAGAGGGUGAGUCCUUUUUUUUUAUGAGAUGUUCUGUGGAAAUAUAUUCAUAUGAAGUUGAAUUUAAUACUGCAUGGAGACAUAUUUUUGCCUUUACUUGUUUGGUUUUGUGGUGACGUGUCACAUUAAAGAUUAACGUCAAAUUAAUUGUAAUUCGGAAACACCCGGUAUCUCUCGGUAUAUGCCGUUGGCUCAAUGACGCAACGUAAACAAAAGCUUUUGUAGAAUGCAACGGAUUAUUGUAAUAGGAAAAUUAAUUGCACCAUAAGUUAACUGUUUCUAAAAAUAGUAAGUUACAGUUUAGGAUGGCAACAACUGGUCUAAACAUGGAUGCGGAAAUUACUGAACAGCAGAUUCCUAUUGAGGAAUGUGGAAACGGUAAUAAAACUAUGACCACGAAUAUUUCUAUCAGUGACAGUAAUGAUCUAACUGCGGUGGAGAGCCUGCGAUGCUUUGUUUGCGAUGUGAAAGUGCAGGGCCGUCAUUACUCAUUAGCCACUUGCAGAACCCAGAGCUCUAGGGGUAGGGUCAUUGAAAAGCUAGGGGAGUUGGUUGGCGAGAGAUAUCUGGUUGUUAUCUCGGAAGACGAUGUAAUUUGUCGCAGUUGUGCCAAUCUGAUGAAUACUUUAGAUAGAUUGGAAACGGAAAUGCGAGGAGUGAGAGAUGCAGUGCUACGGUUUUUGGAGCGGAAAUAUGCUUUGGCAGAUGGUGAACUUUUAAGUAAUUAUAAGGGUGGAAAGCCGUGCCAACCUCCACGAAUUACUAGGGUGGAAAAUGGCAAUACUUGCCACUCGAGGAAACGUGGAGCUGGUCUUCCCUCGGAAGGAGUGCAAAAUAUGAGUAAACUGAGAAAAACUGAUGUCUGGCUGCAGUGCAAUAAAUGUCGCUAUACUACAGAGUAUAAUACUUUUAUGGUCCAUCACAUAAGACAGCAUGUUAAGCAGAAAGUCUUUUGUGACCACUGUGGUAUACAAUUCCCUGGUCAGCAACAACAAGCUGGACACAGAUGCUUUAAGGCUCAAAAUGAAAAUGAUACUUCUAAGGAGAACGAUGGAGAUGUUGAAAAUGGUCUGCAAACUAAUAACCUAUCCGAAAUAAAUAUAGGACCUAUUGACAAGUCUGAGGUAAUUUCCACACUGCCUAUCCAAGUAAAUUGUGAUUCAGAAGCGACAAUUAAAGAUGACAGCAUUCAGUUGUUACAUUUAUCCAAUACCAAUGAUCUUCAGCUUGAAAGUAUUAUGGGAAGCGCCAAAGUCGGUGUACAUGAUCAGCCAGUAUAUGUGAGAGUUGUUCGAGACGUCACAGAUAUCGACGGAAUUCCACAUUCCGCGGCAGUGAGAAACUCUAAUGCAGAACCAGGAAUGAUAGUAAAAGUCGUCAAAGAUUCCUCCAGCAAACAGCUGUUAACUCUGUCCGAAGACGAAAGCUUAGAAAUGGUGGAAGUGGCCUGUUGGGAUGACGUUCAUCCCCCUGACGAAAACCCUGAUAUAUCUUUCUAAUGAAGUCAAUUACAACCAAACCCAUCUAAGUACCGCAUGUUACUCAAAGGAUUUGAAUAUAUCAUAUCCUAUUUUGGGACCGGCCGUGCCAAGGGAAAAAGAGGUUUUUCCAACCUGACUACCUGCAUUCAAUACCGCAUCGACGGAAUCGCUGACGUCCUGUUUCUUCUCUACGACAGUUUGCGAAGCGGCAUCCGUUGCUUUCUUCAAUUUGUUACCCCAGAAGUCAAAGAAGCCGCCAGGUUUCUGGAAUCAGGUAGAACGUGAGCAAUUCCCAUAUAAACGUGAGACUCACCAAUGUAAUAAUUUAAUAAUCACCGCGUUUAUUUCGACCUUCUUAUCCACAUUGAUUUCAUACCCAACCGAUGUGGAUUUAUCAACGUUGUGACCAACGUUCACACUGGGAUGAGCUACGUUUACCUCUGCGUGUUUCUUAGAUUCCUGAGAAACAGGUUUUAAGUUAUGUUUAAUCUUUUCGAGACAAAUGAUCUAAGCGAUUAUUCCCAAAUUGUUUAACUAUUCUCACCUCAUCAAAUUUGUUGAGAGCAAGCUGCAAUUUGACCUCGAAAUUCACUACUGCCUGAGUUAAGGCAUCGAUGAUAGGUUUCUCGUGUUCAGUAGGCACGUGGCCGC